AUGGAAUUCGCCGUAUCCAAGAAAACCCUCAUAGCCCUUAUCAUCCUAGUGACAAUUUCCUUUUACAUAACAUUUCUCUUCAACUCCUGCAUAGUUUCAAACAUAUCAAAAGGGAUACCACAAUUGCGUCGCAAUCAAAUAGUACAAGAACCUUUGAUGCACUAUUCAACUUCAGUUCGUGUUGUAUCCCUAAUAGAAGGCAAUGAGACUGAUAUUUCGCCUAAAUACAAAUGGUUCAGGGAACAAGGUCUUAAGCCAGAACGACAACUGCCUAGUGCCCUCAUUAUUGGAGUUAAAAAAGGAGGUACAAGGGCCUUAUUGGAAUUCAUCCGCAUACAUCCAGAUGUUAGAGCAGCUGGCAGUGAAGUGCACUUUUUUGAUAAAAACUACCACAAAAGUUUCCAGUGGUACAGAAGUCAUAUGCCUCCAACUUUAGAAGGUCAGUUGACUAUUGAAAAGACUCCGUCGUAUUUUAUUACCAAAGAGGCUCCUAGGAGAGUGCAAAUGAUGAAUCCUUCAACCAAAUUGUUGGUUGUGGUGCGUGACCCAGUUACCAGAGCAAUUUCAGAUUAUACCCAAGCCAAAUCAAAAAAAUUAGACAUGAAACCUUUUGAGGAGUUGGUUUUUGUUAAUGGCACUGUUGGCAGUAUUGUGGAUACUUCAUGGGGCCCCAUUAAGCUAGGGCUUUAUUACAAAUAUCUUUCUCGCUGGUUGAAAUUCUUUCCUUUAUCUCAACUAUUGUUUAUCAGUGGGGAACGUUUAAUCACAGACCCUGCAGUUGAGCUUAAACGUGUUCAAGACUUUUUAGGUCUUAAAAGGGUUGUUACUGAAAGGCAUUUUUAUUUUAAUACCACUAAAGGGUUUCCAUGUUUGUUCAAAAGCGAGGGCCACAGCGCGCCUCACUGUUUGGGCAAAACCAAAGGCAGAAACCAUCCGUAUGUUAAUCCAACGGUUUGGCAAAGGUUGAGGGAUUUUUAUCGGCCUUUUAAUAUGAGGUUUUAUCAGAUGACUGGGAUUAAUUUCGGGUGGGCUUAA